AUGCCUACAGAUCUUUGCCCUGUCUACGCUCCCUUCUUUGGUGUAAUGGGAUGCACCGCCGCAAUUGUAUUUGCUAGCUUUGGUGCUGCUUAUGGUACUGCCAAAGCCGGUGUUGGUAUCAGUGCCAUGGGUGUUUUGCGUCCUGACCUUAUUGUUAAAAACACCAUUCCUGUCGUUAUGGCUGGUAUUAUUGCAAUUUAUGGUUUGGUCGUUUCUGUUUUAAUCUCCGGUAAUCUUAAGCAAACUCUUAGCCUUUACAGCGGUUUUAUUCAGCUUGGGGCUGGACUUUCAGUAGGUUUAGCCGGUUUAGCUGCUGGCUUUGCUAUCGGUAUUGUCGGUGACGCUGGUGUUCGGGGUACUGCUCAACAGCCUCGUCUUUUUGUAGCUAUGAUUUUGAUUCUCAUUUUCGCUGAAGUUUUGGGACUUUACGGUCUUAUUGUUGCUUUAUUGUUGAACACUCGUGCCACUGAUAAUGUGACAUGUUAUUAG